AUGAAGAACGCAUCGAAAAACAAGUUCUUAAACUGUUUCCGUCCUGUCGUUGAUAUAGAUGCUAUGCUUGAGUCAAGAGCUGUCGUUGAUCACUCUGAUAGUCGAAAAACAAUGUUUUCUGACCAAGAGUGCCAGAAAAUUACACAGAAUUGGGUUGAGCCUCAGCGUCCAAAACGAACGCUUGCUAAGGUGAUUAAAGUUGUGGUGUUUGAGACCUUAUUGAACACAAGAGCUCGCAAUAAAAAUCGCUAUAGCCAAAGUUGUUUUGGAUCAAAGCGCGAUUAUUCGGCAUACGCAGAGAGUUCAUCAACCGGUAGUGAGAAAUCCAUGUCGAGCCUAGCUUCUGGGAACACUAAAAUUCAAGAAAUCAAGGCUCCUGAAUUGUCUUUUUCAAGUUCAUCUUCAAGCACGCCAGUAUCAGAAUCAAAGAAUAUAUCAAAGUGUGCUUCUACUAAAGACCAAUUAGAGAAGCAAAAGAAGUGCUUAGGAAUAUACUUGGUUCUCGUAAGCUUAGUCGUCACGGUCCUUUGGGGUAAGAUUCAUGGUAUUAUUUUGACAUCAAUGUCGCUUUGCCUUUUCUCUCUUUGGAUCACAUGCUGUUGCCGACAAAAAGAGGUUGACAAGUUAUGCAACACAGAAUUCAAAACCAACAAGAAUAGCGAUAGGGAACAUAAUGUUUUUACUUGAGAAUUCUCUCUAUUUUUUCUUUUUUUCCUCUCCUGAUA